AUGAAACUCAGCAGUGCUCUUGCCAGUGGUGCGAUACUCACUGUCUUUACUGCUUCGGCAUCAGCGCACACUGCUCGUGAGAGUACUGCCUGGGAGAAGUUCAACGACCAAAUCAGCCAUCCCAGUCGUCGUCAUGGCCGCCUUGCAAGCCGUGCCGCCCCAUCCAAUGCCGCCCAAAUGGCAAAAGUUUCUAGCACUGCUCAGGCUUGCAAACCGUAUGGUGUUCCAGCCAGUAGUGAACUGUCAAAAAUGUACCCUAAGAGUGGUCAAAUUGCUACUAUUCUGAGCAACGAUAAGGAGGCACAAGCUGUUUGGAGUGAGAUCCAAAAAUCUGGUAUCAUUCCCCAGAAUGUGAAGGUUAAGAAUGGCGUGGAAGACCAUAUGGGCAUUUCUCAGAAAGCAAGUGACUCGUAUGAUAAUUCCAAAGACCCUGAUUGCUGGUGGACCGCUACACAAUGCCAUCAGCCCAAGGCACAAAAUGUGCCAACGGAUAUCUACACAUGCGAUGAACCCAAUACAUGGGGCCUGACCUUUGACGAUGGUCCUAACUGCUCUCACAAUGCGUUCUACGACUAUUUGCGGAACCACAAACUCAAGGCAACUCUUUUUUACAUUGGCACAAACGUGAUUGACCUGCCCCUACACGCCCAGCGAGGCCUUAGUGAUGGACACGAUGUAUGUGUACACACUUGGUCGCAUCACUAUAUGACAACACUUAGCGACGAACAGGUCUUUGCCGAGUUGUACUACACGAUGCGAAUCAUUAAAGACGUUGUAGGUGUGACGACUCGUUGCUGGCGUCCUCCAUUUGGUGACGUCGACGACCGUGUUCGCGCUAUUGCCGCUGGACUUGGCCUUCGCACAAUUAUUUGGGCUGAUGAUACGGAUGAUUGGAACGUGCAGCCCGGCGGGUCGGAGCCUAGGUCGAAGAUCGAGAGUAAUUAUCAGAAGAUUAUCAAGAAGGGCUACGACAGUGGCUCUACAAUUGUCCUCACCCAUGAAAUCCGCGGUGACACGAUGCAGUUAUUCCAAGAUAUGUACCCUCAAAUCAGAAAGGCAUUUAAGAAUGUUAUACCUCUUACGGCUUGCCUGAAUGUCACUACUCCUUACGCGGAAGAUAACAUUACGUAUUCUGUAUUUUCGGACUUUGUCAAGGGCAACAUUAACGCCAAGGGUUUGCCGAGUGCGGACAACAUGCCCAUUAAUCCUGGAUCCAAAUUGAACCUGCAAACACUGGAUCAACAGACGCAGGGAUCGUUCUCUCCUAAGGCAAUGAGCAAUACGAAGAACUCGUCGUCCGGUUCUUCUAGCUCCUCAACCGGCUCUUCGAGCUCCUCGGCAGGCUCUUCCAGUCAGUCGAGUGAUUCCUCGAGCACCUCUGGGAAUGGUCAGGCACAGUCAACCUCAGGUUCGUCUGGCAAUAAUGCUGCCCAGGUCUCCACAAACCCUUCUAGUGACAAUCAGGACACUUCGAAGAGAUCCCAGAAUUCGGCCGUGUCCACCCAAAUUAAUAUCUAUGUUCUGACAGCUAUUGCCGCUUUGUCUAUUACCGUUCUUGUGUAG